GGAGGAGACGGUAACAGCUCUCGCUGUGAGGAGGAUCUCGUAUAAAUCCAGAUCCCAGCAGGGUUAACGCUAUAGAUCGCACCCUCCCAAAAACCUCUUGUUCCAAAAGCGCAGAACAGAAGGCAGGCGCAGGUAGAGACAGAUCCAUCUACCUCUCGCCCGCCCCACCGCUACCGCCUCUCGCCCGCAGGCCGAUCGAGGCCCGGGUCGCUUCUUCGCUUCGGUGGGGAGGUGGCCGAGGGGAGGAGGAGCCUCCCGGAUCCGCCUCGCCGUGAGCUGAUCGGGGCGUGAUCCGCGGGGGGAGCGGCAAUGACGGCCGAGGGGACCGCGUGCAACGGCGCCGGCGAGGCGCCGAAGGCGGAAUUCGCUGCGGAGAAGGUGGCUGCCGCGUCGCCGGAGGAGAAGGCGACGGGGGAGCGCGAGGGCGAGGGCGAGGACGUCGGCGGCCCCUUCGUGAUCGUGAACGGCGACUCCGACGGCCUCUCCGACCGGGGCUCAGAUCUGAGCGCCAGGCCCGACGAAGAUUCGCCCUCCGAGGAGGAGGACGUGCCUGACUCCAAUGCUGGUCCGGGCUCGGCCGUGGGCGGAGAUCACGCGGCCCCGGGUGUGGGAGAGGGCGCUUCGGACGCGGCACUCAGCGUUUCGUCGGCGGACGGGCGUGAUCGCGCAUCUACGGAGCCUGAGGGUGGUGCGGAUGAGGGCAAAGGUGAGCCAAGUGCCGAUUCUGUUGCGGAAGUGGUGCAACAGGAGGCCGCCGGUGAAGAGCAGGGUGUGGCAGACGCUCUGGCGGCCAGUGGGAGCGACCGUGCUGUCACCGGUGCUGAUUCUGAUGCUCCUGCUAUGGAUUCCGAAGUUGACGGCAAGGAGGGCACAAUGGAAGAAAGUCCUGCUGCUACUGAUGUUGCUGAAUUGGUGGUGCACGAGGCAGCUAGUGCAGAACAGGAUGGAGAGGAUGCUGCUGCGGAGGCCUGUGGGCAUAGUGAUGCCCUAACGUAUAUUGAGUCUGAUUCUGCUGCCAUGGAGUCUGAGAUCUGUGGUGAGGAGAUUAAAGGAGAACAUAGUGCUGCUGAUGUUGUGGAGCUGGUGGAGCAGGGUACAAGUGGAGCAGGUGCUUUGAUGGCCAAUGGUCAUCUUUGUUCUGACUCGAGGGAUGAUUCAUCUGAAACUGUUACUGAGCAUGAAAGUCAUGCUGAUGAGAGCAAACUGGAACAGAAUGCCACUGCAGUCGCUGAAUUGGUGGAGCAGGAUGCUGCCUGUGGAGAACAGGAUGGUGCGGAUGCAUUGCAAACCAAUGAGCAUAUUCAUGUUGCCAUGAGUGCUGAAUCUUGUAUAGUUGCUUCUGAGUCCAAGGUUCAUGCCAAUGAGAUGAAAGGGCAAGAAAGUGAUCAGCAAGAGGAGGGAGCACCAACGAUUGAGGCUGAAGUAUUGGAGGGAGUGCUAGAAGCAGCUGGCAGAAAUUGCGCAGGUAGUGUUGAGGAGCCCAUAGAAGUGGAUGCUUCUGGGGAGCCAGAAGCCAUGAUUGAGAGCGUAGAAUGUGAAGCCACCUGUGGUAUUCUUCAAUUGGAAGAUAAAAUGGACAAGGAUGGUGAAGGGAGUUCGUGUGAUGACUGCACAGCUGGUUUUGCUUGCUCUAAUGAGGAAGUAGAGCUUCCUAUGGAAGAUGGAAUAAAUGAAGCUGUCCCUGAUGUUGAUGAGCUGGAGGAAGUAACUGAUAAUGCAAGCCAAGAGAUAGUGCAAGGUGAUGGAUUGGUCAAGGAUGGGGUUUCUAUUGGUAUGCUACAUUCUUUGAAAUCAGAAUCUGGUCCAUCUGUUGAAUCAAAUCAGGAACAGAAAGUCCAGGUAGAAGUUUCUACAGGUGAUGAAAUCACAUCAGAGUCAGAAUUGAAGGCUGACAGUGUGGUUGAAGUGAACACAGCAGCUCCUUUGCUCUCUCAGCAGAAAUGUGAUUCUGCUGUGGAAACUGUAGAGCAUGUGCAGUUAGAAGCACCCGCUGUUGGUCAAGCCAAUGACAUUGUGAAUGAUGUAGCAGAAGCAGAACCACAGAAAGAGGUUGCGAUAGAUGUUGAUGGUGUUCCACUGCAAGCACCUGCAGCUUCUGCAGCCUCUACUUUCCAUAAUGAGCCGAGGCCCAUUGAUUUGGUUGGCAGUGAUAGCUUCAAGUAUUCUAGCCCGGCAACUCAGUUGGAAUCUUGUGACCACGUACACACUGAAGACAGCAGAUCCCGAGAAAUAUAUGACACCACUGUUGAUCAACUUGUAUCUGAUGCUUCUCUGGAAUGUGGUACUGCUGUGGCUGACGAAGCUGAACUCACUUCUGAAACAGGAGAUGAAUCUCUAGAGAAACCAAGUGACACUGCUGCUAAUCAAGGUGUACCUGUCGCCUUGAAUGUAGAUAAGCUCGUUGUGAUUCAUGAUGAUCAGCCCUCUUCCGCUACAGGGUAUGGAUCUGCUGAGUUUGAUAAAGCUGGAGACAUUUCCAAUAAGGAAGAAUCUAGUGAUAUUGUUGGAGAUAGCAAAUCAUAUGAAGACAAAUCAGAAAUUUUCAAUGAAUCUGCUACGUGUGAUGAGUGUUCCUCCAGAAUUGGAAACGAAGGUUCCUCUACAAUUAAUGAGGAGACACACAAAGAUAUCUGUUCUGAAAAUGUGAAGGCGUCUACUAAAUCUUCUGAUGAGGUUGAAACCAAAGGCAUGGAAGCAUUAGAACAUUCAUCUGUUGACAUGGUUAUUCCGGCUAAUCUGGCAGAACACAAGGAUGAUGACAAACAUGCAUGUCAUGAAGAGACAAAGAUUGUCGAGGAUUCCAUUGAGUUGCAUGGAGAUCUGGAUAACAAUAAUACAGGAGAUGCACAGGUUAUUGGGCAACAGAAGGUAUACAUAAUAAAAGUCCCAAGAUUUGCGGGUGAAGAUCUCUGGGCUAAGACACAGAAUGCGUAUGCGCAUUUGGAUCAACUGACCCAGGAAAGAGAUGCAAUUAAUAUUCGUAAGCAAAAGCAAAAGGCUGUAUGCGAUCAAUACAGGGAGAAACUAGAGGCAGCAUGUCGAGAAGAGAGGGAAGCUAGGGCUGCCCAUGGAGAUAAGAAGAAUGAUUUAAAUAGUGUACGAUCAAUGAUUGGGAAAUUGAACCAAGCAAAUUCAGUUGAAGAAAUCAAUGAGUCGAUUGCGACAAAAGAGAAGAUUAUGCAUCAUGAGACCAUUUCUUUGAAAGAAGAAAAGCUUUUACUUAAAGAUAUUAAUGAUCUUAAAGCACGACGGAAGCAAUUGUACUCGGAUAUGGGAUCACAGACUGAAAUCAAUGAGGCAUUUGACCAAAAAGAUCAUAUUCAUGAGCGGCAUAAGACAUUGAAGAAGGAUUCUGAUGUUUUAUUUACCAACCUGAAAUCCCUAGAAGAAAACACAAGAAAGAUUCAAAAAUCUUUUGACGAUGAAAGAAUAGUUCUCAGAAAAUUAAAUGAGGAAUACCGAUCUGCUAAUGAAAUGCGUCAAAAGGCCUACAGGGACUGGUCUGAGCUUAAAGCAGAACCCUUCAAGAAGAACCAGUACUUUUUCAUGUACAAGGAUGACCGCAAGAUUGCAGAUGAUUACAAAUCUUCUGGUGAUAUGUAUGGGCUUCAGUUAUACUGUAAUAAUCAGAUCGAGAGAGUUAUGGAAAUAUGGAAAAAAAAUGAGGACUUCCGCAAGCAGUAUGUUGAAGCAAACAAGGUUAGCACACUAAGGAGACUAGAGACUCAUGAUGGACGAAGACUUGGCCCUGAUGAGGAUCCUCCAGUCAUUCCAAGCAGAAGAUCAAGCAAUCCAUCUUCAUCGACUGUUUCAAGGCCGGAUGUGCCCAUUUCAGCUUUAGAAGCAGCACCUGUAUUGCCUCCAGUUUCAGCCCCUGUCAAAGAGGACUCUCUUCCUGUUUUGCCACCCCCCCAGAUCAGUAAGCGCGCCAAAUCGAAGGCAUCUGAUACCUCCACCCAGAAUGAGAAAACUGCUGUUAGUGUGUCAGAGAGAGAAGUUGUAAAACAAACCGAACAAACUGAAAAGGAAAAGGCUCGUCUAAUGGAGGAAGAAUUGGAGUUAGCAAGGAAGGCAGAGGAAUUGGCCCGAAGGGAGGAGAAAUUAAGAGAAGAGAGGGCUGCAGCUGAAAAGGAGCGGCUCCGGUUGGAGCAGAAGGCCAAAGCUAAGGAGGCUGAGGAGAGGAAGAGGCGGAAAGCAGAGAAGGCCCAGGAAAGAGCUGAAUUCAAAGCACGGAAGGAAGCUGAGAUGAAGGAAAAGAAGAAAACAAAGAAAGAUAAAAAGAAAGGCGCAACACCAGGAGACUCAACAAGUGCAGUUGGUGACAACAGCGCUAUGGCCAUGGCUACAAUAGAUACAGGCAUAUCUGAGAACCCAAGGGAAGCUGAAGUUUCUCAACAGACAGUCCAUAAGAGGAUAUCUAGACCAGCAGCGGCAAUUAAGCAGCUGAACAGGGUACAGCCCAUGCCAGCGCCCCUUCGUAACAGGGGCAAAAGGAAGAUGCGGCAAUACAUUCUGUUUGCUGCGGCCGUGCUAUCGGUGCUCGCAUUAUUUGUGGCAGGCAACUACAUUCCCAGAUUGAGCUCAUUGAAGUCACUUCACUUCUAAGUUUAUUGGUACUCCCUAUGGAUGACGGCUCCGUCGGCACAUAUAAUUUCAACCGCAGCCAUAGGGGUCAGGCGGUGGUUUCUGAUACUGAUAGUAGAGGGGCGGCAAUUCUGUUGGUGAACCUGGUCGUUCUACGUAGAUGCUUCUUUUUCUAUUUGGACCGUUCCCGUUGCUUUGUAUUUAGUUUCCCUUAUAGAUUUGUGCUGGGGUGCAUUGUGUUAAAGUUAUUCGAUGGUGGUGAAAUAUUCGUUAUAACAUUACAAUAAUAUUUAUAGAUUCAUUGCA